AUGUUCGCCUCGCUGCUUCGUCCAAAGCGCCAUCGCGGGCAGGUCGAGCAGUCCCCAUUCUCGACCCCCUCCCCGUGGUUUCGCACUGCGCAUAACAACUCGCGACGCGUCCCCCGAGCCGAUGAAAGCAGCGACGAUGCGCCAGAGCUUCAGGAAAUCGAUGAAGAGGAUAUGGACCAGGACUGGGAUGAGGAGGAAGAGGAAGAGGAUGGACCACUCGAAUCUACCCCUCUACUGCCUAUGUUCUCUGCGUCGCAUUUGGAUGCGCUGCCUGUUUACAACAUCACCCACGCGAUACGUCCCUUGAUAGCUUCCCGCUGUGAGACCACCCUAACAUGGGACCAAUUACGCUCGCCGCAGGUCUCUCAGUUCUUAAUCAAGCCAAUCCUGCAAAAGAUCAUGUCGACCCACUUUUCGCGCGCGACCCUCUAUGCAUUGAUGGCCAAUUGUUUGCAAUUCGAGAGAGAAGUACACCUAAGUCCAGGGAACAGCGGGGCAAAUCAAACACGGGCAAUGGUUAGUGAACUGCUAGCGAUAAAACUAUUGCGGGAAUACUCGACCCGAGAGUUGAUCGAUGCGCUAUCCUACGAGUUCUAUCCACUCCAGGGCCAGGAUCAAUCAACAGCACUAGUCACUGGACCCCAGCGGAAACGGGUGGUUGCUGCCCGUGUCUCAUGCUUGGAGGUCGCUAUUCGCUCGCAGGCCAAGCGGUUCUUGGCCCAUCCUGUCGUGGUGCAACAAUUAGAGGCUAUAUGGGCGGGGACGGUUGUCUUUCAUUCUGCCGCCGACAGUCUCCAUCGUUCUGUGAACAUGAACCAAGGUGGAAACCUAGAUUAUGGGGCAACAAUGGAUUCCAAUGGGGACCUUGCAACCGACUCCGCCAAUAAGACACUUAGGCGAUCAGUGACAAUCUACAACCCUCGGGAUGCAUCAUUAUUCAAAUUAUCGCGGCUGAGAGUGCCGCGCUAUCGACAGUUUCUUUCCACCCUAUCCUUUGCAGUACUCUUGGGACUGUUCCUGGCUGUUCUGGAACAGCGAAGCCGCAGGAUCACAUCCCUUGAGAUUGUAUUCUGGUUUUGGAGUGCCGGAUUCAUGCUCGAUGAAGUUGUUGGGUUCAAUGAGCAAGGCUUUAGUCUUUAUCUGAUGAGCUUUUGGAAUCUGUUCGACGUCGGGAUUCUGCUAUUGCUCUUCGCAUACUAUUGCCUGAGGAUAUACGGCACAUUCCUGACCUACCCGAGAAGCCAAUUCAUCGCCGAUCAAGCCUUUGAUGUUCUUACGGCUACAGCUCCCUUGCUUUUUCCGAGGUUGUUCUCCAUAUUGGAUCAUUACCGCUACUUCUCCCAACUCCUCAUUGCUUUCCGAAUAAUGGCAUCGGAUCUGAUUGCCGUCUUCGUACUCAUCGUCAUUUCUUGCUCUGGCUUUUUUGUCUCUUUCUUAUACUUUGGAGACAACAAGUCCCCCAAGGUGGUGGCUUAUGGUUUGUUCCAGAUGCUGAUGGGAUUUACGCCAACCGCAUGGGCAAUGUGGGAUGAAUACAACUUUUUAGGAAGAACGAUCCUGACGGUUUUCCUAUUCAUCUGUCACUUUGUCGUUGUUACUAUCUUGAUCACGGUUCUGACCAACUCCUUUAUGAGAAUUGUCCAGAACGCAAAUCAAGAACAUCAGUUUUUGUUCGCUGUCAAUACCAUCUCGAUGGUUAAGUCUGAUGCCUUAUUCUCCUAUGUGGCACCAACAAACAUCAUUGCCUGGCUGGUAACACCAUUCCGAAAUCUGAUGCCGUUUCGUGAAUUCAUUCGGCUCAACCGGACCAUUAUCAAGAUAACUCACUUACCCAUAUUGUUCACAAUUUGCCUCUAUGAGAAGACAAUCCUCAGUUCUCGAGUCGUUCAGCCGAUGGAUUUGAUCGAACCUACCUCGCAAAAUGAAACUCCAGCUCAUGACCAGAAAUGGCAGCCUAGUCGAUUCCGUGGUUUCAGCACCAGUGCAUCGGUUUUUAGGCGAGAGCCCUCUGUGGCAACAUACCAGAAGGAUCGAGCGUUGGAGGAAGUGUUUCGACGCCCAUACAGUGAGGAUCGAAUCCGAGGGCCACCGAGUACUGUGCAUGAACGCCAGACCAAUAACGUCAUCAAAGACUGGAUGCAGGAGAUUGGCUCUGGACCAGCCAAUGGCCCCGAUGAUGGGGAUUCGUUAGUUGUGGACCAACAGGGGAUGCACCGGCAACGACCGAAAUUUCCAUUCCGGACUAGAUUGGCCAACCAACCUCGAAACUUUACCGAAACGACCCGAUCAGUUGCUUCGAAUCCUGAGGACCGAACAAGCUGCGUUACAAGCCCAGUCAUACGGCCUCGGCGUACAAGACCCUCUAUCUCACCCACUCAGAAACGACACCUCUCCCAUCAUACAGACAUGGAGGGUGAUGAUGAACUUACCAGCAAUGAUGGUGACUCAAAUGACGACAAGCCCUCGCCCCAAGGGUCCACUGGCGAGACAGCUGACUCGGUUGGAGGCGCAGAGAAACCCUCGCCCAAGUUCUACAGCUCUCGUCCAUCUACGGCAAGAAUCAUCUCGCGUCGCAACAGCCCUACACGUCGUAUCAGGCAUACGCGGAAUGCUUCUGGGAUCACCAUGCUUUACAAUCCCGUUGGAUCUCCAAAUGAAGAGACAGAAGGCCGCGUCACACCUACACGGCCAGAUGCCGAUUCCUCCGAUGGAGAAUCCGUCCCUAUCGCGUCUACCUCAGUAGACCAGGGUACCAUGAAGCGUCACAUUCUAGUUGCACCUCGUUCUAGAAAUCCGACAAUUGGACUCAAUCAUAUGUCCGUCCCCGAGAUGGACAGUGUCUACCUAUCUGAUCGGCCCACGGGGACACGACCUCGGUCAUCCCUUCUCUUCGAUCUAGGAUCCGACCUAGGCGACAACAAGGCCGUGGCUGGUGGCUUCACCGGUCCCCUUCCGUCUAGUUUCCAGACCCAACUAGGCUUUGCCCCUCCCGUUAUUCGUCGUGAAGCCCCAACCCAAACCCAAGACAUGCUCAGCAAGUUGGUUCUAGCUCGCAUGAACAACAUCGAAGAAGGAUUCCGUGAGGUGAUCAAAGAAUUCAAAGAUCUCCGCCGCAGUGAGUCCAGUCGCAGUCCAAGCCGACCCGAUGAGUCCCGGGGGGCUACACGCGAGAAAAAGAAGCGUGACAAGAAAGACACAAAGAAGAAAAGUAUCAACUCGCCCGGAAGUCGGCCUGGCAGUGGUGGAAGCCCACUCAAAGGAAAUGGACCCGGUGAUGAUACCCUGCCAUCUACCUAA